CAGAAUCCUAUUUAAGGAAUGCAGCAGUUUAUAAGGAUGCAUGGGUUUAUUUGCUGCCUGUUAAUACUGCAGCUACCCAUACAUUCGUGGACGAAGAACAAUGAGCAUAAGAACCACAAAUUUAUUAAAUCACCAUCUCAUCGAGUACAGGGACAGAACCCUGAACUACUGCAUGCACUGCGUACGUCUAACUCUGAAAAACUACUCCGUAAGAGACGACCCUUGUACACAAUUUCUCGGAAUAAAAAACACAACGUGGCAUGGCAGCCAUGGUGGACCGGGUUGCAGGAUGCCGAUUACUUCAUGAAUUAUUAUGAUCUCCUUGAUUGGUAUUUUAUGAUUCCCGAUUUAGGACGAGCUACAACUUCAAAACCAACUAUAUCACCGAACCACCACCGACCAGAACCAUCUACAUCACCGAACCACCGACCAGAACCAACUAUGUUACUGAACCACCACCGACCAAUAAAAACUAUGUUACCGAACCACCAUCGACCAGAAUCAACUACAACACCGAACCACCGACCAAAACCAACUAUAUCACCGAACUACCACCGACCAGAACCAACUACAACACCGAACCACCGGACAAAACCAACUAUAUCACCGAACUACCACCGACCAGAACCAACUAUAACACCGAACCACCGACCAGAACCAACUACAACACCGAACCACCGGACAAAACCAACUAUAUCACCGAAUUACUACCGACCAGAACCAACUACAACACCGAACCACCGACCAAAACCAACUAUAUCACCGAACUACCAUCGACCAGAAACAACUAUAUCACUGAACCACCGAUCAGAACCAACUAUAUCAACGAACGACCGACCAGAACCAACUAUAUCACUGAACCACCGAUCAGAACCAACUAUAUCACUGAACCACCGAUCAGAACCAACAAUAUCACUGAAUCACCGAUCAGAACCAACAAUAUCACCGAACCACCGACCAGAACCAACUAUAUCACCGAAGCACCACCGACCAAUAAAAACUAAGUUACCGAACCACCAUCGACCAGAACCAACUAUAUCACCGAACCACCGACCAGAACCAACUAUAUCACUGAAUCACCGAUCAGAACCAACAAUAUCACCGAACCACCGACCAGAACCAACUAUAUCACUGAACCACCGAUCAGAACCAACAAUAUCACCGAACCACCGACCAGAACCAACUAUAUCACCGAAGCACCACCGACCAAUAAAAACUAAGUUACCGAACCACCAUCGACCAGAACCAACUAUAUCACCGAACCACCAUCGACCAGAACCAACUAUAUCACUGAACCACCGAUCAGAACCAACUAUAUCACCGAACCACCGACCAGAACCAACUAUAUCACUGAACCACCUAUCAGAACCAACUAUGUCACCGAACCACCGACCAGAACCAACUAUGUCACCGAACCACCGACCAGAACCAACUAUAUCACCGAACCACCGACCAGAACCAACUAUAUCAACAAACCCACAACCAGAAUCAACUCUAUCAUCAACGAACCCACCACCAGAAUCAACUCUUUCAUCAACGAACCCACCACCAAAGUCCACUCCAUUCCAUCCAAAACGCCGGCCAAAAUCCACUACAUCAAUGAAACGCCGACCAAAGUCAACGAAACGCCAUCCAAAGUCAACAAAACGACGUCAAAAGGCAACGAAACGACGUCAAAAGGCAACAAAACGACGUCAAAAGGCAACAAAACGACGUCAAAAGGCAACGAAACGACGUCAAAAGGCAACAAAACGACGUCAAAAGGCAACAAAACGACGUCAAAAGGCAACAAAACGCCGACCAAAAUCAACGAAACGACGUCAAAAGGCAACAAAACGACGUCGAAAAUCAACGACACACCGACCAAAACCAAAGAAACACCGACAUAAAUCAAAGGAACGACGACCAAAAUCAAAGAAACGGCGACCAAACUCAACGAAACGGCGACCAGAACCAAAGACACUGCGACCAAAACCAAUAAAAUCAUCAUCAUCUUCAUCAGAGUCAGAACUAUCAGAGAAAGAAUAUGAUUACGAGGACAAUUUUAAACCAGAGCGUCCGGACUUAUCAGACUUAAACAAGUCAGAUCUACAACAUUAUCACGAGGUAUUUAAUGCCCCAAUAGAGAUAGAUAGAUAGAUAGAACAUUUAUUCAGCAAAAAGAGAAAGACAACAAAGAUACACAAUAAGAAAUAAAGCACAUACAGUCAACUUCAGGUGGUAACAGUUUUAUAGAAAAAUCGUACUUAUUACUAUAGAGUUCAGGUGCAUGACAGUUACCACUGAUGUGCAGUCUACCGUACAUAUGGAGUCCAGGAGGAAAGACUAAAAACUUAAGCAUCCAAUUACCUAAGUCACUAUCCUAUCUAUAUAUUUAUAUAGCCCUAGGUAGAUGCACACAAUAAUUUUCAGCCUUUAUAAAAUAACGUAGGUCUAUGGUCGCUGGCUCUCGAUCUAAUAAUAAUAAUGUAUAUAAAUUAGCAUCCCAUCACAAUAGCCCAAGUAGUUUUCAUCCAUGGUUAGCAAUAGUUUAUGGUUCAUGGUUAGCACAGAACCGGGGAUUGUUCUUGGGUACAUUUCUAUAGUGUAUACAGGGAUAAUCGUCGGUUUUGUGUCACCAUUUCAUUAAAGUUGUCUCAAAAGAGCUUCAGCGUAUUGGCUUCGGCCCCACGUUCGCCUCCCAAAAAUCCGGGACUCUAUAGUCCCGAGGUCUGGUAGAGACAUACAAGUAAAUGUAUAUAAUAAUGUAUAUAAUGUAUGUAUAUAAAAUGCCACUUUUCGUUGUAAUUUUAAUAAUUUUUAUAACUGAAGAACGGGCUCACCUAUCCAAACUAAAUGUUUAGGCUUUAUUCUGACUAUUUAGUAGAUAGUUUAUGAGAAGUUUGCACAAAAUCGGUAGAGCGGUUCUUCAUUUAUCACA